CUCACCAAACCAGAGGCGCGUUAACUCCCAAACAAGGAGCACAGCCCGGUGCAACGCAACCAAUCAGAGCAGGGAACUGACCAGUGACGCCACAUCCGCUCGAAUGCGACGCUUGUGGUUGCCUGGCAACGUUCAGCACCCUGGAUAGAAGAGAGCUAAAUCAUCACUGGACAAAGGAUGUAUCAUCAUUUGAGUUCAAAGCCUUCCAGAACCUACAAUCAAGCAACCAAUAUUUCACGGGGUUGCAAGGGUGGUUCCUAUAAGCAAGAGCCUUUUAUACUUACAGCAGUUGCAAUACAAGAUCACAUUUUACAGAACCUUCAACUCCAGCACCUUUCCUUAGCUCAUCCGGUUAAAGGGCUAAAAAGGAUGAAGGAGACAGGUAACGGUAGGGCUGUGAACAAAUAUGCUGGGAAGCCUGUGGUUGAUACCGGCAUUAGGAGAAAAGUUAUCAAACAUACAGAAAAGCCUGCUACAGAGGAAGAGUAUGUUCUUGAUCCCGCUCCUCAGCCAUUAACACUAGCUCAGAAAUUGGGUAUCGUUCGGGCACCUGCUCUGCCAUUAACAAAUGAAGAAUGGCUGAAAGUCAAACAAAGAUCAGUCAACCAAGGAGACUCCCUGCAGCCAUGUGUUAUAUGUAAAGAGCCAUUUGGAAUCCAUUCCCAGGUACUCCUUAGCUGUUCUCAUGUUUUUCACAGGGCAUGUUUGGAAGCAUAUGAAAGGUUCACGGGUAGAAAGACAUGCCCAAUGUGUAGAAGAAACCAGUAUCAGACCCGGGUCAUAUAUGACGGAGCUCGUAUUUACAAAGCUAACUGUGCCACACGAAUUCAGGCAUGUUGGAGGGGUUACAUUGUAAGGAAGUGGUACAAAAAACUAAGACAAACAAUACCUCCUAAAAACCCUAAGCUAAGAAGAAAAUUCUUUGAAGAAAAGUUCACAGAAAUCACUGACAGGUUGCUGAGAUCAUUGAGCACCGAUAUUGACGUCCUUUUCAACGAAAUCGACCAUUCAGUCGCCGCCAGUCGGAAAGUUCUCCAGCAAGUGGAAGGGAGCUACACUUCACAAAUCAGUGAAGAGGAAUGGGAAAGGAUCCAGAUCAAGGCUGCCCGACAAGAGAUAUUCGAUUGUCCAAUAUGCAUCAUGCCGCUGUGUUGCAACAGUGAUACUCAGAGGAACGAGGAGCGGAGCAGCCACUCAUCCCGUCCAGUCGUUCUUUUAUCCUGCUCUCAUGUGUUUCAUCAGUCUUGUCUUCAUGCAUUUGAGGAGUUCACAGUAGGAGAGUCCUAUAUUUGUCCUUUAUGCCGCUCCCCCUACAAGAAAAAAUUGCUCCCAAUUUAAUUAUUGGUUUCUCUACCCCUUAUACUUUGAGGCAAGGUCGGAGAUUCACGUUUAAUAAGACUAAUGUGAGCUAAAUUAAUUUCCCCACCAUUUAUGAUUUGCCAAUGGAUGUUAUAAAAUUCCAGUUUUUAUGCAAUCCUGAAAUCCUGAUUUUCGAGAUUUAGAAUGAAUUCAAAUGUAUCUGUAGUUUCAUCCCCCUAGCUCAGAUCUACCGAGAUACCACUAAAAUGAAUGAAAUCUGGGAUUUUAGAACUGAAUGUUCGAUUACUUUCCGGAUGUCACCGACUUGGGAAAAUGAACUCGACGAAGAUCGAGGAAAUUCAAAUUUUAAGCGGACCUGUCACCCAGACAUAAAAAUGUUUAAUAAAAGUCCUUUUCAAAAUAAA